CUUCUGUUUAUAGAUUCUGUUGGAUGGCAUGACGUUUUUAAUAGGAUUGCUGAUAACCUUAUCCAAAGGAUAUGACCACGCCGAAGUGAUUAUGGUCUCCAACAAAGAUAUACUCAUUGCCGCAUUUUUGAAUGCCUUGUUUUGUAUUGGUGCCGGCGUCGUUGGGUCGAUAGCCUACUGGCGUAGUUAUCGUCAUCGGCAUAUCAUGAUGGUCGUGUACACCUUUUUAUUGUGGCUGUGCUUGGCCAUGAUCACAACCAUAGGUUACCUGGCCUACAACAACACGGCGUUGAAUCUAAAGACCAAACUGGGGAUGAAAUGGCGAUACGACCUCACCGCUGAACAACACAUGGUUUUACAGACAAAUUUGCGUUGCUGUGGAUUUGAGAAUCCGGCUGACCAUGCGACCUACUCUGCACAUUGUUGGCCUGAAUCGUUGCUGCCUGGUUGUCAAAAUAGGCUUUACAACUUCCAGUAUAAUUUUCUGGUCAAGACCUACACCAUGUGUUUUGCUCUUCUCCCUGUCCAUGUACUCGCUACCUUAUCAGCAUUGUACGUUUUUCACGACAGCAAGGUUGAAGAACCGUCAUAUCCUCCGGACAUGACAGACGAGGAUCCAACCAAAGUAGACACACCAGCUAUAAACUUUGAACAUCCGGCUUGUCCAGCUUGUAAAAACUGGACCUUUUAAGCAGACAAAAAAAAAUCCAUAAAGUGCUUG